UGACGUCAGCCAGAGUCGGUCAGCUGGCUCCUCAAUCUGAACAGCAGGGAGAGCCUCUCCCAUAGGGAGACAUCACCAUCAACGCCCGAGCCUGGCCAGCAGCGUCGGCCGCCCGCUGGAAGGGGGAACAAAACAUGGAGGAAACGAUAUUAUAGCCUAGUGGUGGAUCGGGAGUCGGCGGGGAUCGAGAGCGUUAGAUUAUUUAUUUACUCCUAUUUAUUUAUUAAUUUAUUUAUUUCCCCUGCCAGCAAUGGCUGGGAUCCAUGGCUGCGGUUGCUGAGAGGCAGGUGCAAUAUCAUCGACGAAGGCAUUUCGUUCCUGGGCAUGGGCUCAACGAAGGCCGAUCGACAGGCUGGCCCUCUCCACAUCCGCUGCUCCCCGGAUCAGAUGCUCCCUGCGGGAGGAGAGCAGUAGCUGGUCUGCGUCUGGAGGCGAUACAACGGGCUGGUGGCGGAGGAGGGGGCCCUCUUUACAUCAAAAUAUUAGAGCCAGUAAUUUCAAGGUUAUGCGCCGUUACACACAGCAACAGGCAGUGUUUGUUCAGUGAAUCUGGGCUGCUGCAACAUGACAUAGGUGUCUUUAGUUGCAGAAAUUCUGUGAUUGAAUGUCACCCUUUUUCUGCGGUGAUCGGAUCCAAACCUUGUGAAAGUCUCGCCUAACAGGCCCGAAAAACGGUUGAGCGCAGCCUCCUCAUCUGGAAAACAGAAGUCGGUUCCAGUUGCCAAGAUGAUGGAGCUGCAGAUAGACGAGGUGGUCUACCAGGACGACUACGGCUCCGGCUCCGUGAUGUCGGAGCGCGUGUCGGGUUUGGCUAACAGCAUCUACCGGGAGUUCGAGCGGCUGAUCCGCAGCUAUGACGAGGAGGUAGUGAAGGAGCUGAUGCCGCUGGUGGUGAACGUCCUGGAGAACCUGGACGCGGUGCUGACCGAAAACCAGGAGCACGAAGUCGAGCUGGAGCUGCUGAAAGAGGACAACGAGCAGCUCAUCACGCAGUACGAAAGGGAGAAAGCGCUUCGCAAGCAGGCAGAAGAGAAAUUCAUUGAAUUUGAGGAUGCGUUGGAAGCUGACAAGAAGGACCUGCAGGUGCAGGUGGAGUUUUUGGAGCUGCAGGCGAAACAGCAGGAGCUCAAGACAAAGAACUAUUCUGACCAGAUCACACGGUUGGAGGAGCGAGAAUCAGACAUGAAGAAAGAGUACAAUGCUCUGCACCAGCGUCACACUGAGAUGAUCCAGACGUAUGUCGAGCACAUAGAGCGGUCCAAAUUGCAGCAGGCAGGGAGCAACAGCCAAUCAGAAGGCCCCGGCUGUGGAAGAACCAAAACGGAACGUCCGCCUUCAUUGAGUCUGUACCCCAGCGGCGAGGGCAUGGUACGUGGGGGUCUCGGGGGGGCUAGGAUGAUGCCCGGGAAAGACAUCUGGCAGGUCAGCGAGCUCGGCCAGUCGACCUUCUGCUCUGCCUAUCAGGUGGGACAGACAGAGGAUGAAUCAGAGUCCGACUCAGUGGCGGCCACACCCAGCAGCACAGGAAGCAAGUCCAACACACCCACCUCCUCCGUCCCCUCCGCCACUGUCACCCCCAUCAACGAGGGCUUCCUCCCACAAUCUGAAUUUGAUGCGAUGCGGACUGGGAACCGCAGGAAAAGUGCCAAGCGACUCAGCCGGAAUAUGGAGGUGCAGGUUUCCCAGGAAACCAGGAAUGUCAGCAUCGGCAUGGGAAGCAGCGAUGAGUGGUCCGAGUUUCAGGAGAUCAUCGACUCUACCCCUGAGCUGGACAUGUGUGUGGACCCCCGUGUGUAUGGAGGAGGAAACAGCCCCUCUCAGGGCAUAGUGAACGAGGCCUUCGGCAUCAACACCGACUCGCUCUACCACGAGAUCAAAGACGCCAAGUCGGACAUCAUUGGAGACGUUGAUGCAGGCGCCGAGCUGCUAGGCGAGUUCUCAGUCCGUGAUGAUUUCUUCGGGAUGGGUAAGGAGGUGGAGAACCUGCUGACAGAGAACAAACAGCUCCUAGAGACCAAAAAUGCUCUCAACAUUGUGAAAAAUGACCUUAUUGCCAAAGUGGACGAGCUGUCAGGGGAGCAGGAAGCGCUGAGGGAGGAGCUGGAGGCUUUGAGGCAGUCCAAGAACAAGGCGGACGUCAGAGUCAAGGAGCUGGAAGAAGAACUCAAGAGGUUAAGAGCAGAGGCUCUCGGUGCGUCUCGGGACUCCAAGGAUGAAGGAGGUGACGAUUUUUCAUCACCCAUGCAGGACGGCGACAUGACAAUGACGCAGCGCCGGCGGUUCACCCGGGUGGAGAUGGCCCGCGUGCUGAUGGAGAGGAAUCAGUACAAAGAGAGACUGAUGGAGCUGCAGGAGGCCGUACGGUGGACAGAGAUGAUCAGGGCGUCCAGGGAAAGUCCUCAGAUCCAAGAGAAAAAGAAGUCCACCAUCUGGCAGUUCUUUGCACGUCUCUUCAGCACAUCGUCCAGCCCCCCGCCUGUCAAGCGGCCAUACUACAGCGUCAACAUCCACUACAAGUCGCCCUCGCCGGCUGGUUUCUCUCAGCGACGCAGCCACACCAUGUGUCAGAUCUCCACCUCCAACCGCACGCUGGAGUUCUUCCCCGAAGAUGACUCAGCACUGUUGGCCCGCCGAGAGCAGCGGCGUGAACAGUACCGGCAGGUCCGUGAGCACAUGCGCCGCGACGAUGGCAUCAUGCAGGCCUGUGGCUGGAGCGUGCCGUCUCGCUUCAAACAGACAGGAGGUCAGCCGGACAGCGCUCAGGACAGCCCGCUGAAGAGAACACAGCCCACAAACGAGAAGGAGGACAACCGCAUGAAGAAUGUUCCCGUCCCGGUGUACUGUCGUCCUCUGGUAGAGAAGGACCCCAACAGGAAGUUGUGGUGUGCAGCUGGAGUGGACCUGACAGGAUGGAGGGCCAGCAACCAGGAGUCGGUACCAGCCAAAGCACCAUCGGGCGGCAGCGAUCCCCUGCACGCUGAGGAGAACGGACCUGGAAAGAAGAGCAGCCACAGCUCCCCAGAAAAGAGGAAGGAGCUCCAGGAAACCGACACCAUGAGCAGUCGAGUGUGGAUCCUCACCAGCACCCACUCUGCCAGCAAGGUGGUCAUCAUCGACGCCAACCAGCCGGGCUCACUGGUCGACCAGUUCAACGUCUGCAACGCCCACGUGCUCUGCAUCUCCAGCGUGCCAGCUGCCAGCGAGAGCGACUAUCCAGCAGGAGAGAUUGUGUUGGAUCCAGGUGACAGCGGAGCAGGGGGGGGAGGCGAGGAUGCUGGCGGCGUGGAGGGCAUGUUGGCUGGUAUCACUCUUGUCGGAUGUGCCACCAACUGCAGUGUCGCCCGUAGCAACUGCUCCUCGCGCACUGAUACGCCCAUAAUGGACAAAGGACAAGCCCCUACUGCCCCCCCCCUGAAUGGGAAGAUUCACCCUGGCCAGUCAGCCGAGGAGGCCACGGAGGCCACCGAGGUUCCCGAGUCAACGGCCAGCCACGCAGGGCUGAGAUCUGGACCUCCAGGACCGUUCACUGAGCACGUCUUCACCGACCCCCAGCCCCGUUUAUCAACGCCUCUGACAGGUAGGAGGCCAAAGUCAAGCGCCGGUCAAUCCAAAGACGAAACGUCUCAGCCUCCAGAGUCAGAGGACGGAGGGGAAGAGACCAAGAACUACACCAGCGUGGCCCCCACUAUGUGGCUCGGGGCCCAGAACGGCUGGCUCUACGUCCACUCAGCGGUUGGAAACUGGAAGAAGUGCCUCCACUCCAUCAAACUCAAAGACUCUGUGCUCAGUCUGGUACACGUGAAAGGUCGUGUGCUGGUUGCCCUCGCUGACGGGACCCUCGCCAUAUUCCAUAGAUCAGAGGAUGGCCAGUGGGAUUUAUCCAACUACCACCUAAUGGACCUCGGACGGCCUCAUCACUCCAUCCGCUGCAUGGCUGUAGUACAUGAUAAGGUUUGGUGCGGCUACAAGAACAAGAUCCACGUCAUCCAGCCCAAGAGCAUGCAGAUCGAGAAGUCCUUCGACGCCCACCCUCGCAGGGAGAGUCAGGUGCGGCAGCUGGCGUGGAUCGGUGAUGGUGUGUGGGUGUCGAUCCGGCUAGAUUCGACCCUGCGUCUCUACCACGCGCACACACACCAGCACCUCCAGGACGUGGACAUAGAGCCGUACGUCAGCAAGAUGCUGGGCACUGGCAAGCUGGGCUUCUCUUUUGUGCGAAUCACAGCGCUUCUGAUUGGUGGAAACCGUCUCUGGGUAGGAACUGGAAACGGCGUGAUCAUCUCCAUCCCACUGACAGAGACGGUGGUCCUUCACCGGGGACAGCUCCUUGGUUUGAGGGCCAAUAAGGUGUCUCCCACAUCGUCCGGCGGAGUGAUCCACGUGUACGGUGACGAUGGCUCUGAGAAGAGCACCGGCAGCUUUAUCCCCUACUGCUCCAUGGCACAAGCCCAGCUCUGUUUCCAUGGACACCGCGAUGCUGUCAAGUUCUUUGUCUCUGUACCCGGCAACGUUCUGGCCACCCUAAACGGCAGUGUGCUGGACAGUCCAUCGGAGGGUCAGGGGUCAGCAGCGCCCCAAGAGACGGAGGCCCAGAGUGUUCACAACGUGCUGGUGCUGAGCGGAGGAGAGGGCUACAUCGAUUUUCGUAUAGGAGAUGGAGAGGACGAUGAAACCGAGGAAGGAGACAGUGGCGGAGCUUCGCAGAUAAAACCUGCUUUGUGUAAAGCAGAGCGAAGCCACAUCAUCGUCUGGCAGGUGUCCUACAUACCUGAGUGACACCCGGAUUUGCUUUAACACCCAAACCCCACUCACCUCCUCAAAGGAAUCUCCUCUUGUCCCCAAAAAGCUUCCAGCCACUCCAAACCUUGUAAUUAUCCCUGGUCAUGUACAAGUUCCCCCCCUUGGCUCUAAAAUGACCCUCCAAGCCAUGUAUCGUCCCUUGUAACUAUUCUAUCCCCUCCUGCCCCCGUCACCUUGUAACUUUAAUGCCUUGUAAUUACCUCCUCUGAUAUAGUAAUCUGCCUGCCAUCCUGUUUCUGUCCCACCCAGGGCAUUGUAACUAUCUUCAUGAGCCUUGUAACCCAGCCUCAUAACUACCUCCCUCCUCUGUAUCAAUCUUAUAUUCACCCUGCAAGCACACUGUAUCUCCUCCUAUAUUUAUCUCAAUUGUCCUGCAUCUGCCCCAGUCUACUCCUUCUCUUCCUCAACUUAGUUUGUCAUCUGUGAAGCCUACACCUUAUCUUAAAGCAAAGCUCAGAGCCCCAAAAUUGCAUCAAAUUGUACUAAUAACAAAAAAAAAACAAGUACAGAAAUGUGGAUGACCCCGACUUUUCACCAGAAAAUUGCUCAGAUUUUUUUCCUGAACAGCCAAUCAGCAAUCCAUAAUAACCAUAAAUGCUAUUAUGUUUAAACUGAGUUAAUGGAUGCAGGUGUCAGGUGUUUACGGAUCGACAGUCUUUGACAGUGUGUGGGAGUGAAAACAAAUUCUUGUUUUGGCUUUAAGAUUGUAGUGGAUGGCAAAUGAGUUUGGGUCACAUUUUACGACAACGAGGAACAAAUUGGAAACUGAAAAGUACAAUGAAUUCAGCACUAAAGUCUGGGCUUUUUUUUGGGCUGUUACCCAAAAUAUUUUGCAUCCAAUUUUGCAGUCACGUCUAUUUAGAGUCUUGAUUAACGACCUUGCUCAUUUUCUACCCUAAAAUGGUAAAAAGAGGAUAUAAUGGCAAUGUGCGAGAACAGACCCAAAGUGAUAGGAAAUAUCUAAUGCCUGAUGUAAAUUAAAGAGUCGUGUGAACAAGAUUAUUAAACCAGAUGAAGGGUUUGUGUUGAAAGUGUCAAGGGUUCAGUCCGAGACUUAUUCCUCUCAUCUGACUGGCUGUUGAUCAGGCGGUUUGUUGUAAAGCAGGUGAACAGUGAUGUGUUGUCAUUAUGUGUACAGGGAUUAUUGUAAAUCCCCAGACACACUGAAGCCCAUCCUCUUUGUUCAGUAUGGAAAUUCAUGCAUUGAUCUCUAUCUGUGUGAAUUAAAUAUUAAACAUAUUUGUGUGCUGAAAAAAG